UUGAUAUUACCCAAAGAUUUUCUUACAAUCAAUGCUGAAGAGAAUAAAACAAUUGAAGAUACAAGAAUCAAAAGAAAACGUCGAAAUAAAACAGAAAUGCAAACACAAACGCAUAAAAUACAAGCGAUAACAUCAUCAGCUGGUACACAAACGGAACUUGUAUCUAUACAUGCAUCAACAGUGGUUGAGAAUAUUACAAUGUCCAAGAAAAGCAUCAAAACACAAACAACUACAGUUACAUCAAGUACACGCGCAUGCAAUACAUCAUUUGAUGUAAAUUUACUCGAUAUCAAUGAUGAUGUGCAGAGGAAUUCAUUAGGCACACAAACAUUGAGUCCGAAUAUCCUAUCUCAAUCAAUAACAAUUUCUAAUCACCGUAAUAUUACACCCAUUCAAAUUCCAACGCACGUUGAUCAAGGUAUAGGAACCGAAGAUCUGCUUCAAUCGUACAUUAAUGACUGCAAUGCAGACAUGGAAACGCAAACGGACUGGUUUACAAACUUAGAUCUGCUCACAAAUGAUGUGCAUUCAAAUAACUACACACAAACAUGUGACGAUAUCUUACCGCCUGAUUUACGCUUCAAUAAUACGCAUACACAAACCGUUCUUAAUGAUAUUUUACGUUCUGUUGGUAGCCAAACAAGUAUGCGUGUUAACGGAGGCGUUUUUACCAAUAAUGAAACACAAACUGAUUCAAUCUAUGAGGAAUUACUGCAGGAAAUCAACUCUUGAUUGUAGGAGUGCAUUUCUGUUGCGAUUACAUUUACAAUUGAAUUUUUAAUAGUUUUCCGUUAAUCAUUAAAUAUUAAAUCAUAUCACAUUGAA